AUGUCUCCAUAUCUUUUUACUCUCAUCAUGGAGGUCUUCUCUUCUAUGCUCCAAAGAACCGCUCAAUCUAAUUCUUUCAAAUAUCAUGCUCAUUGUGCUAAACAGAAGAUCAUCAACCUCUCGUUUGCUGAUGACCUCUUCAUCUUUGUCCAUGGUGAUAUUGUUUCUGUUCGGAAAAUCAAGGAAGUCUUACAAAGAUUUACUGCUAUAUCCAGUCUGGUUCCAAGCCCGUCUAAGCGCAUUGUUUUCUUUAGGAAUGUCCCACUCCAGAUUAGACAGGAGAUCCUUCAAGUUAUGCCAUUUCAAGAAGGGAGUUUGCCUGUUCGAUACUUGGGGGUGCCCCUAAUUUCCUCGAGAUUGAAGUCCAGUGAUUGCAAGCUUUUGGUGGAGCGCAUGGAUAAGAAAAUUGAUAACUUGAUGACUAAAUCCCUUUCUUUUGCUGGCCGUCUUCAGUUAAUAAAUUAUGUCCUAUCAUCUAUGCAUAUCUAUUGGGCAGUUGUCUUUAUUAUUCCAGCUCGUGUUACCAAGGAGCUAGAGAAGAGAAUGAGGCGUUUCCUAUGGAAUGCAGGUCGUCAAGGCAAAGUUCAUGCUAAAGUGGCAUGGAAGGAGGUUUGUUUGCCAAAGGAGGAAGGUGGUUUGGGUAUCAAAAGUAUUUCUGAUGUUAAUAAGGCUCUCAUGACAAAUCACAUAAGGAGUAUCGUUAGCAACAGGCGUUCUCAUGGGUUCAAUGGAUUAAAUCUCACAAGUUAA